AUGGCGCAGCUGCAAGCACAGCGCCAGCUAGAGAAGCAGCAAAAUGCCAAGCUCGAGCUUGUCAGUCACCUGCAAGUCCUGAGGGAUGCCGUACUCUUCUUACAGCAUGGCAUCGAGGGUAAUUGCAACAGCAGUAGCAGUAGCAAUAGUAGCAGCGGCAGUAGCAGUAAUAAGAGCAGUAGUAGCAGCAGCAGAAACUUCAGGAUGUGCGAUCCUUGCAUGGUGCCUUUGACCUCCCAGGCGCUUUUGCGGGCCGAAUUGCUGCCUUCUGGAGCUCCUAUUCUUCACUUGGGUUCUGAUUAUCUCGCCAUGCUGAAACCUGGAGCUGUUGCUGACGCUCCUGCUGCAGAGAGCGCUGCAGAUUCGCCAGACGACACGAAGGGCCCCCCCUCCGCCAAAGCAGCAGAGUCGGAGGAUCCGCCGCUCACUCCUGCCGCUGGAUGCCUAGGCGUGCUGCAGCGACGGCAGCGGCUUCUGCAGCAGCAGCUGCAGCGGGUCGAAAAGGACGUGGCGGCAACGCGUCUGUUGCUUGGCGAAGCAGGCGAUCCUCUCUGGAAGGAAGCAGAAGCCUCCUCGCGGAGGCUAUCAGCAGCAGCAGCAGCAGCAGCAACAGCAGCAACAGACCAAGACGCAGGGCCAGGAGCAGGCACAAUUCAACUGACUCCGGAAGGGUUCUUGGAGAUCAGGGAGGCGCUACCGGAAGGAGCGACGGAAGGCGACUUGCCAGUGGCUGCGGGGAGCAGCAGCGGCAGCAGCAGCAGCACCAGUGAUCGUUGGGUAGGCGGCAUCAAGGAUACCAUCACUGAAAGGAAAGUCGGGGGUGUUCAGGAGCCUGAGCAGCGCUUUGCGCCGCAAGACGAAGUGUCGCACAAGAGACCCCCUUCUAAGUUCAAGCUCAUGAGGCAGCAGCAGCGGCAGCAGCAGCAAAACGGAGAGGACUCGUGUUGA